GGUUCACCUACCUGUUCCUGCCAGACCCUGAGGACAUCUCCUCCUCUGUUCUCUCUCUCCCUCCCUCCCUCUCUCUGUCAGCUCACACAAGGAAGUGGUGAUUGAUUCCAAAUAAGAGCAGACAUUUUAAGUGCCUCGAUUAAAAACAUUGGCCUACUAUCAAAGCAGGUUAAGUGCCUGCUACAUUUUCAAUGUUGUGAAGAUCCAGAGCUACUGCUAUUGAAAAGAGUUUUAAAGACUGAGAAACAGUAUUGCAUUGUGGGAAUCAUCACGUCCUUCUAACAUGUCUUCACGUCCUUUCCUCCUUCACCUUUUCAAACUUCAUUUGGACCAGGUCUUACUUUGGGCCCUGCCUCGGUUUACUGUCUGAUUAUGUCCUUUCUGACCUAUUACCCAUACUUUGAAAAAGCUGAAACAAUGCAACAGACCUACACGCUUUACUGAAUCCAGCUGGCACAGGCCUACACGCUGUACUGAAUCCAGCUGGCACAGGCCUACACGCUGUACUGAAUCCAGCUGGCACAGGCCUACACACUGUACUGUAUCCAGAUGGCACAGGCCUACACGCUGUACUGUAUCCAGAUGGCACAGGCCUACACGCUGUACUGUAUCCAGAUGGCACAGGCCUACACGCUGUACUGUAUCCAGAUGGCACAGGCCUACACGCUGUACUGUAUCCAGAUGGCACACUGUUUUGUCUGUUUGCACAGCAGCGAUUUAUUUGCACGUUAUCCAGACCUCACCUAAAAUCUCAUUAAAUUGUAAUUUCUUUCGCCCUAUGAUUUAUAUUGAGUAAAUUUGGUUAUUGUAUUUUUAUAGUACUGUAUAUGACGAUCCCAAAUGACUUGAUAUAGUCCAAAUGGCAUUUGAAACCAGUUUAUACCAAACCCUCUGGACGUGCAAGGGUUACACUGUCCUUAUUAUUCCAUCAAAUUAAACCAUUCUCUUUCCCUCCCUUGUUUUGGUGUUUGUUUGUACUCUACCUCUCACCCUCCUCCUCUUCUUCUCUCCCUAAUGUCCUUCUCCUGGAUGCCCCUGCUCUUGCUGGCCCCUCCUGUGAGCCCCAAGGCAUGUGCUACAUUGAGACGUCAAACUUGGAUGGAGAAACAAACCUCAAAAUCCGGCAGGGACUGCAAAUCACCUCGGAGAUCAAGGACAUAGACAGCCUGAUGCGUCUCUCUGGGCGCAUGGAGUGCGAGAGCCCCAACCGCCAUCUCUAUGAGUUUGUGGGGAACAUCCGUCUGGACGGACACAGCACCAUGCCUCUGGGUCCGGACCAGAUUCUGCUGCGAGGUGCCCAGCUGAGGAACACCCAGUGGGUCCAUGGCGUUGUGGUCUACACUGGACACGACACCAAGCUCAUGCAGAAUUCCACACGGCCGCCUCUGAAGCUGUCCAAUGUGGAGCGCAUCACAAACUUCCAGAUUCUACUGCUGUUCGGCUGUCUACUGGCCAUCUCUCUGGUUUGUUCAAUCGGACAGACCAUCUGGAAGUACCAGUACGGCAAUGCAGCCUGGUACAUGGACUUGAACUAUGGUGGUGCCGCAAACUUUGGCCUCAACUUCCUCACCUUCAUCAUUCUCUUCAACAACCUGAUCCCCAUCAGUCUGCUGGUGACUCUGGAGGUCAUUAAGUUCACACAGGCCUUCUUCAUCAACUGGGAUACAGACAUGCUCUAUGAGCCCACUAACACCCCAGCCGUGGCUCGCACUUCCAACCUGAAUGAAGAACUAGGACAGGUGAAAUACAUCUUCUCCGACAAGACGGGGACUCUGACCUGCAACGUGAUGCAGUUCAAGAAGUGCACCGUUGCCGGCGUGGCCUACGGUCACAUACCUGAGGCUGAGGAAGGUAGUUUUGCUGAGGAUGACUGCCACAGCACACAGUCGUCAGAGGAGGCCGGAUUUAAUGACCCCAGCUUGCUGGAAAACCUCCAAAGUAAUCACCCCACUGCUCCUGUCAUCCUGGACUUCAUGACCAUGUUGGCCAUCUGUCACACGGCCGUCCCCGAGCGCACCGAAGAUACGAUUGUCUACCAGGCUGCCUCACCAGACGAAGGGGCUCUGGUGAGGGCAGCAGCGAACCUGGGCUUUGUGUUCUCCGGUAGAACCCCAGACAGUGUCAUCAUUCAAGCGCUUGGAGCCGAGGAGAAGUAUGAACUGCUCCAUGUUCUAGAGUUCACCAGUACUAGGAAGAGGAUGUCAGUCAUCAUGCGUACUCCAUCUGGCAAGAUCCGCCUCUACUGCAAAGGAGCUGACACGGUAGUCUACGACCGUCUGGCCGACAGUUCCAGGUAUAAAGAGAUCACUCUGAAACACCUGGAGCAGUUUGCCACAGAGGGGCUGCGUACUCUGUGCUUUGCUGUGGCUGAGAUUAGUGAGUCAACCUAUCAGCAAUGGUUGGAGGUGUUCCACCGUGCCUCCACCGCCCUGCAGAACCGAGCCCUCAAACUGGAGGAGAGCUAUGAGCUCAUCGAGAAGAACCUGCAACUCUUAGGGGCCACAGCCAUCGAGGACAAGCUCCAGGACAAGGUGCCUGAGACCAUUGAGACGCUGAUGAAGGCCGACAUCAAGAUCUGGAUCCUGACCGGGGACAAGCAGGAGACUGCCAUCAACAUCGGACACUCCUGCAAACUUCUGACCAAGAACAUGGGCAUGCUGGUGAUCAACGAAGACACACUUGACGCAACCAGGGAGACCCUCAGCCACCACUGUGGAAUGCUGGGAGACGCCCUUUACAAGGAGAACGAUUUCGCUCUCAUCAUCGACGGAAAUACGCUAAAAUACGCCCUCACGUUUGGAGCACGGCAGUACUUCCUAGACCUUGCCUUGUCCUGUAAAGCCGUGAUAUGCUGCAGGGUGUCUCCGCUGCAGAAGUCUGAGGUGGUGGAGAUGGUGAAGAAGCAGGUGAAGGUGAUCACACUCGCCAUCGGCGACGGCGCCAACGAUGUGGGAAUGAUCCAGACGGCACAUGUGGGCGUGGGCAUCUCUGGCAACGAGGGCCUGCAGGCCGCCAACUCCUCCGACUACUCUAUCGCACAGUUCAAAUACUUGAAGAAUCUUUUGCUGGUCCACGGCGCCUGGAAUUACAACCGCGUAUCCAAGUGUAUCCUGUAUUGCUUCUACAAGAACAUUGUCCUGUACAUCAUCGAGAUCUGGUUUGCCUUCGUCAAUGGAUUCUCUGGUCAGAUUCUGUUUGAGCGCUGGUGCAUCGGCCUGUACAAUGUGAUUUUCACUGCUCUGCCUCCUCUCACGCUGGGCAUAUUUGAGCGUUCAUGCAGGAAAGAGAACAUGCUGAAGUACCCGGAACUCUACAAAACCUCCCAGAAUGCCAUGGGUUUCAACACCAAGGUCUUCUGGGCCCAUUGUCUGAAUGGCCUCUUCCACUCGGUCAUCCUCUUCUGGGUCCCCCUCACAGCCUUCCAGCACGAUACGGUCUUUGGCAACGGAAAGACCCCGGACUAUCUCCUCUUAGGCAACAUGGUUUAUACAUUUGUGGUCAUCACCGUGUGCCUAAAAGCUGGCCUGGAGACCUCAUCGUGGACUAUGUUCAGUCACAUUGCCAUCUGGGGCAGCAUCAGCCUGUGGGUGGUGUUCUUCGGUAUCUACUCCUCUCUGUGGCCGCUCAUCUCUCUGGCUCCGGACAUGUCUGGCGAGGCGGACAUGAUGUUCAGUUCGGGAGUCUUCUGGAUGGGCCUGAUAUUCAUCCCUGUCACCUCCCUGGUCUUUGACGUGGCCUACAAAGUUGUGAAGAAGGUGUGCUUUAAAACCCUGGUGGAUGAAGUGCAGGAGCUGGAAGCCUUGUCCAAGGACCCAGGAGCCCUGGUGCACGGGAAGAGCCUGACGGAGAGGGCACAGCUCCUGAAGAACGUCUUCAAGAAGAGCACUGUCAGUAUGUACCGAUCGGACUCCAUGCAGCAGAAUCUGCUACAUGGCUACGCCUUCUCUCAAGACGAGAACGGAGUGGUGUCCCAGUCGGAGGUCAUCCGGGCGUACGACACCACCAAACAGCGGACCAACGAGUGGUGAAACCACACCCCUCUCUGCCUGGCUGGCCUUUUAAGAGCCACAGCCAUUUUCGAUGGUGAUUUGAACCUGACGGGGAAGUCUCCGGAUAACCCCAGCCCGAGCAUCGCAGGAUAUUGGACAUGAUAAAGGAAAAGAAAGAGGGAUGUCUUGUACUUCAAAAAGGGAAAAAAAUAGGAACAAAAAAGUGUUCAAAAAGUAUUCACUGCUGUAGUUGUGUCCAGCAGACAUGAGCACUGUGCUUGCAUUUUUAGCAGUCUGUGGUCUGAAGUUCCUCUGUUCUUGUUCUAUCUAAUGAAGAGGUUUCACUUCUUAAUAUCUCCUCCAUUCCUAUUAAUAGACCCCAAAAAAUAUGUAGUUUGCUCCAAAAUCGUCAAAACUGUUAUGUGUGUACUCUAAUUGGUGACUGAAUAAUCCAAAUUUGAUUUUGACCCCCCCACCACCCCACCAAAUAUUUUGUUUUGUUUGUAAAUGCAGAUUGCGAAAUAGCAGUUGUAAAUGCAAUCUCUUUCAAGUCGGCUGUAGCUUCGAUUUAAAAAAAAUUACAACUCAACCAAGAAUAUUGACACUCCUGAGUCUAUUCCAGCUCUGAAUGGACCACUUCAGAACAGACAUUUUGUUGUUUUGUUGUUAUUUUGCACUUCUACUGUAUAAAAAGGCCUUACAUUUGUUCAUGCCUUCAGCCAUACUUGUUUGUUUUUCUUCUAAAUGUUAUUAUUUUAGAAUGAUGUAGUUAUCGUGCCCAAGUUGAGUUGUUUUUUUUAAUGAUAGCCGCUUGUAACUCGUCCAAUUUCCACCAUUUUAUUACAGCACUUUGAUUGCUCUAUACAAGUAAUUGCAUUCCACACAUUACUCGGCUGCAACAAUCACAAUGGUGCCUGACUUUUUCCCUGAUUAGAAUACGUAAGAUAUCCUAGCUAGCUAGUUUAGAACAGUGCUCUACCCACUAAUUGGCAAGAUGAGCUCAUUGUCCCCCAUAUAUUGCUCCCCAGUACACAAUGUGGUAAAAAGUAAAGUGGUAUAUAUAAAAUCACAGGCUCCAUUGUUGCUUUCUUUCUACCCAGUGUUUUGGGGGUGGCUGUAUGACGAUCUUGUUGAAUUUCCGUAUGCUUACAGUGGCGGCUCUUCUUUCAAAAACGUCUUUUCCCUUCGAAUAGAGAGUUUAUCCUUCUAACAUAAGUGCCAUUAGCUUAAGGGAGAGAGAAAAUUUGCCAGGAAACUCCACACAGUAUCAAAACGACUUUCUCUAUAGUUAUUUUGAGAAUUUGUAUUUUUAUAUUGGAGAAGUACGAAUUUUUGCAUUGACCUGCUUUGUAAUGAAUAAUUGUCCAUGUUUUUCCUUUUUUUCUCUCAGACAAAAAAUAGAAUGCCCAAAUGAAUGCCGAAAAAUAUAUUUCUUAAAUGUCUCGUUAUUAUUGUCAUUAUAGUACCUGCUUUGUUUAUUUAAUAAUUAACUGUGUUUGUUCUCUUCUCCCUAUGGGAGAUCGGUUUCCAUACCGGCUGCGUGUGUAUGUGUGCGCGUUAAUCCGCCAUCUGCAUGUGCAUGUGGGUAUGUGUGUGUGUGUGUGUGUAACCUCUUCUACUGUGGGUAACUUCUACAUACGCAUGUCUGUGUCAUUUGUGUGAGACUGGGAGCCCUUAGAACCUCAGGUCUCCUUUUGCAUUCUUUGACUGUGUUUUUGUAUAUGUUUGAGGAUGUGUGGGUGACUGACUGUGUGUGUGGUGUCGCUUGCUCCUCUGGUCUGUCUGCAUGACUCCAGGUAUAAUUAUGGUGUACUGUCUGCUGCUGUAUGGCCCUCUGUGUAUGGCCAGACCUCAGCCCUGGGGGUCCUGGGCUCUGACGCUAAGGCUCUCGCUUGACAGGCGAUGUUGCACAACGCACUCUGUUACCUUUCCAAUAGUGGAUAUUUUGUUAUUAUCUGGUUAUUGGUUUCAGUGUAUUUUCUCUGGGUCUACAUGUUUGUAACUUGUCUAGGUUUUUGUCUCUCAUGCAGUGUACCUCUACUUUACUACAAACCUUGUUGUGUUUCUUCCUGGUUUAAGUGAGGGUAUCAGUAAAGAUGUAUUUUGUUACGCUAUACUUUUGUGUUUCGAUUGAUUAGAUGUCAACUGCUGUCACAAUUCCAAAAUGCUGAAUGUGAGUCUUCUGAUGUGAAAGUGGUUGUGGAAGGCUUGGACUGUUGCUUUUUGUCUGUGAAAGUUGUGGGCUGCAUGAAUGGACUAAAACCUUCUCCGGCUAAGUGUUUAUUGUACUACUUUGAUUCUCCCUCAAGUGUGGGUCACUUUACAGAAAAAAAUGCACUUUUCAAUUUGUUUCAAUAUCAUUUAAUGAUUGUUCUGCAUGUUGGGACUGCAAACUUUUAAGUGUUCUGUCUUUUACUGCCAUAAAGGACUACUACUAAAAUAAACUUUUCAAACAUGGAAACCAA